AAGGAAAUAUAUUUUCUCUGAAACAAUUUGUAUUAUAAUGUAGCAGCUGAUAGGCAUGUCAGAAUGCGACUUAUUAUUGGUGGGGAAAAACUCCGCCAAGUGAUGAUGAUUUUUGUUGUUAUUUUUUGUGAUGAUAUCAGAAAAGUGAUUUAAGCAUCCAUGAAUCAUAAAGGGACAGACAGUGGGAGAAACGGUGAUUUUAUUUAUCAAGACUAUUGUAAACCUAAGGGGACGCCUCUUUUGAUUUUUACCAGAUGGAUGUAAUGGUAAGAGUGAUUAUGUCUGCUGCGGUAAGUUGGCUGUUGUGAUCUGGUGAUGCCUGUCUUGUUAAUAGAGUGGUCCUGGAGUAGACUCUGAAAUUUCUUCAAUACUUACCGUCCUCCAUGUCCUCCAAGGAGUAAAAGGUUAGUUUCUAAAGCAGGUCUCAGAUUCACUGGGCUUUAGUGUGUUCACAGGUUUUGAAAGCUCCCGGGCACACUUUUUCCAUUUUAACCAGCACGGUUGGUCUGUCUGCCUUUAUCAUUAUUAUUAUUAUUUUUUCCUUCCUCUCCCUUCGUCCUCCAGUCCCUCCCCUGGUCUGCUGUGUUUUGCUCAGCUGGGUGGCUUACCUUGAAACUUCGCAGGACGAGAAGAGAAGGCAGCUCUUGUGCGGGGUUGAUGGAGGGAAGGAGAAGACACAAUCCACCGCCCACAUCUGAGUUCCCCGGGUUCAGCUCCAGCCGCAGCAGCCCUGCUGUAGGAACCGCUUUGCUAUGCGAGAUAGCCAGCAGAGGGAAUCGGAACUUUGCUUGCAGCAGGGGUUGAAGCAGCCUUUUUUUUUUUCUUGGAGGAAAUACUGCAGCCUUCUGGACUGCGUACGCUGCUCCCUGGAGGGGCUCUCCGGGUCCCACCCACCGGCUGGAAGGAGGGGAAGUGAAUGAAAGGACAGGACAGCCCGAACACCAUGUCACUCUGGGAGGGAGACAGCCGCAACUGAGCUGUGCAAGGUUUUUUUUUUUCUUUUUCUUUUCCCCUUUCUUUUUCUUUUCCCCUUUCUUUUUCUUUUUUUCUUUUUCUUCUUUCUUUCUCUUUCUUUUUUCUUUUCUUCUUCUUUUUUUUUUUUAACCUUUUUCUUUAAGGUGGGGACAGAGACAAACAGGAGACAGGAAGCUGACCUGCAAGGAUUCGGAGUUGUGCUCAAAGGACUUUGAUUUUUUUUUUUUUUCCUUUACAAACGCUGGCAAUUGACAUCACUACAAACAGCCUGGUGGAGAAGAAACUGCCCCAUCCCAAGGAGACCCCGGCGGCUGGAGGAAGGCAGGCAGGAUCUAGGAGGCUGUGAGGGGGGUUUUCCUACGGAUCCCCCCCCCUCCUUUUUUUUUUUUUUUUUGGUGUGUUUCUUUUUAAAAUUCUCGCUGUGUUGGAACUAGCCAGUGGUGGAAGAAGAAUCUCCAAAGCCUCAUCAGUCAUCAGGACUGUCAGGAAUAGUGGUUAAAGAGGACGCUCGCCUGGGGCAUAUACCCUGUCAUCCAGUUUCCUGCCUCGGAGAUAGAGAUUCCAGCUACAUGGGCAAACGCCUGGACCAGCCACAAAUGUACCCCCAGUACACCUACUACUAUCCUCAUUACCUCCAAACCAAGCAGUCCUAUGCACCAGCUCCCCACCCCAUGGCUCCUCCCAGCCCCAGCACAAACAGCAGCAGCAACCACAGCAGCAGCCACAGCAGCGGGGAGCAGUUGAGUAAAACCAACCUGUACAUUCGAGGCCUCCCGCCAGGCACCACUGACCAGGACCUUAUCAAGCUGUGCCAACCGUACGGAAAAAUUGUAUCCACAAAGGCAAUUCUUGACAAAAACACAAAUCAAUGCAAAGGCUAUGGCUUUGUAGACUUUGACAGUCCGGCUGCGGCACAGAAGGCGGUAGCGUCGCUCAAGGCCAAUGGCGUGCAGGCCCAGAUGGCCAAGCAACAAGAGCAAGACCCAACCAACCUAUACAUCUCCAAUCUCCCCAUUUCUAUGGAUGAGCAGGAGCUUGAGAAUAUGCUGAAACCCUUCGGACACGUCAUUUCCACAAGAAUACUGAGAGACGCCAAUGGAGUCAGCAGAGGCGUUGGCUUCGCCAGAAUGGAGUCUACUGAAAAAUGUGAAGUGGUGAUUCAACAUUUUAAUGGAAAAUAUCUGAAAACACCACCAGGCAUUCCAGCCCCUAGUGAGCCUUUACUGUGCAAAUUCGCUGAUGGAGGACAAAAGAAGCGACAGAAUCAAAGUAAAUACACCCAGAAUGGAAGGCCUUGGCCCAGGGAAGGAGAGGCUGGCAUGGCUCUGACCUAUGACCCCACAGCUGCCAUACAGAAUGGAUUUUAUUCUUCACCGUACAGUAUCGCAACCAACCGCAUGAUCCCACAGACAUCUAUCACGCCAUUCAUUGCUGCUUCCCCUGUCUCCACAUACCAGGUCCAGAGUACUUCAUGGAUGCCUCAUCCGCCAUACGUUAUGCAACCAACAGGUGCUGUGAUCACGCCAGCGAUGGACCACCCGAUGUCAAUGCAGCCGGCAAACAUGAUGGGCCCCCUGACACAACAGAUGAACCACCUUUCGUUGGGCACAGCAGGAACGAUUCAGUCCCAAGACAGGAUUAUGAUACUUCACCAGCUGUUGUGUCAGUACAUGACUGCCGCGGCUCCCAUGCAAGGGACCUACAUCCCCCAGUACACGCCCGUGCCUCCGACAGCUGUUUCCAUUGAAGGUGUCGUUGCUGAUACCUCUCCCCAGACAGUGGCGCCUUCAUCCCAGGACACGAGUGGUCAGCAGCAGAUAGCAGUGGACGCGUCCAACGAACACGCACCUGCAUACUCUUACCAACAGUCCAAACCAUAAAAGAGACUGAAGAAUGUCCGUCCGAAACUCUGCCUUGAAUGAAGAAACUUCGUUGAACAAGAAGUUGGCUUCCAGUUUUGCACAGGCGUCGAUGGAAUCCUUUUUCUUUUUUUACUCUUAAUUUUCUACUUUACCCAAUGAAAACGAAGUGUUUUUAUGUGCUGUGCAAAUGGUUCCUUAUGGGGUCUGAAAGUUUAUUUUUGCCAUCUUUUUUUUUUAAUUAAAGAAAAAAAAAAUCCCAGAUGAGGAAAACAACAAUGACAACAAAGCAAAACAUGGAAAGUUGACGUUUAUCUGGAAGAACAUUUGAAUUAAGAAUUUAACUGAAGGUGUAGAUAGAUUUUUUUUUUUAAACAGAAAAUCCGAUGUCAAGAGGCAGGCAAGCAGAAAUGGAAACAAAGAGUCUUCCUCAGUAAUUAAGCUACUACAUCCUUUUCCCUUCUUGUUUAAAUCUAGUGGGUUGUUUUUUUUUAUUUUAUUUUUUUUUCUUAGAAAUAUUUAGGUAAAGUUUAUCUUGAAUCUUAAUUGCCUUAAUUUUAAGGACGUCAAAAGCUCUCGAGGCAAGCGUCAACGUCUUGUUAAAAAAAAAAUCAAGAAAGAAUUGAAACAUUGUACCGGCUUUCACUGGUACAGAAGUUUAAGACUAUGAGUUUUUAGGGUGAAAAAAAAAACUGUACAGUUUAAAAGAAAAUGUUUUUCUUCAUUUGAAGAAAAUUUGUUGAUAAAAGAAACCGUGGCAACUGCAAAGAUCGGGAAAAUGCUGGGACUUUUCAUGAACUUGGUCUUAAGUGUUGAAUCAUUCUAGAAGGCUAAACCAUUUGACGGUAAAGUUAUUAACAUUGGUUUCAAAACAACUGCAUUAGAAAUAAUGCGUGUUUGGGGGGCAGAAUGCAGAUUUUUUUAAUUUACAAAGCGUGAACGCUAGCAAAAGCAUUAGUGCUUUUUAUCUGCAGUCUUUUUUAUGAGCUUUACAAAGUUUUUAGUCAGCUUUGCUUGUCACAUUGCAAAACCUAGCUUAAGAGCAUUGAAAAACAAAACACUUUAGAUAGGAGCUUAUGGUCAAAAAGUGCAAAAAAAAAAACCCACAAAAAAACAAAACAAAAAAAGCAAUAGAUAGAGAAAUUGUUGACAAUUUCUGUAGUCUUUCCUAGUUGUGAUCAAAUGCAGCCUAUGGAUGGCCUAUUUUAUACCAAAGAUGAAGUGGCACCUAUUGCAGUUCAGAAGAUAGAGGUUGUCUUUCUUUCCUUUUUUUUAAAAAAAAUUUUAUUUGACCUACAUGGCCGGACCAGUUCUUACUUUGUUGUUUGUUUAAACUACCUUCCACUGGUGUUUUACAUACCGCAAAAAAAAAAAAAAAGUUGUUUGUUUUUAUUUUAAAUGUGUAUUUGUUGAUAGAAGCUGUUCCUCCUGUCUUCAGCAGUAUCACCAUGAAGAGUUCUGGACACCAAGCAACAGAGCCAGAAGGCUUUCAAUCCCAUGAGCUUUUCUGGCUCCUUCCUGGCUCUCUUGAAUACUGAAAUCUGUCUUGAUGGCCACCAACGAGCUAAGACUCUUGUGUAACAGGUGGAGAUUUUUCUUUACGUGAAUUUUGAACUCAAGUUACUUCCUGAACUGGUCUGGAAGUUCACGGGGCAAAAGAGCUGAGUGAUUCUCUGUUAAGUGGUGAGUGGUCGCCGGAAAAGGUCUCACUGUGUAACCAUAGUCUUCCUUCUAAAUUCCCGCACUUCUAGGUUUUGUCUCCGCGUCGCCCACCACGAAUAGCCACUUUGACUCUGCAACUGGAGAGGGGUUUCCUGUUUUUGGGGUUUUUUUUUUUUUGCCUUUUGCCUCCUUUCAUUGUAUUUUCAUGUGUUAUCAGAAGAAAGACAAAACAGACUUUUUUUUUAAAUUUCAGUCUAACUCUCUGAGGCAAGUAGGACCAAUAAGACUGAGGAUUCUAUUAGUGGAAUUUAGGUAAGCUUUUAAUGCUAGUUGACAAUCAAGAAAUUGUAUGAUUUCUAUUACUAAGAACCAAAAUAAUUAGAUUUGAUCAACUGUUAAAGCCAAAGGAGAUACAUUUGCAUUGAGAAGGAUGCAAAGCUUUGUCUAAAAUGAAAAUUGACUUUGCAAACAUCUCUGCAUAUUUGAUUCAUGAAAUCCACGUUCAACCUGUUUUCAGUUUUAACCUGAAAUUAAGGACAAUGGAACUUUGUUAACUGAAUCACGCAGUAGAAUUAUUUUUCUAACGUAUCUUCAGAAUCAAACAGGUGAAACUCUUUUCACAAAGGACAGUCACAGGAACCUUAGUCCAGAAGGAAGAGGGAAAUGCAUAAAGUGCACUGUAUAAAGCAAACAGGGUAGGCUUUUAGAAACUAAAAAAAAAAAAAAAAAAGAAAAAUUAAAAAAAAUUUUAAAAGGUAAAACAUAUCCCCAUUAAGUCAACAUGAGUAAUGAGUUUGACUCAUAAAAAAAUGAUCAAUAUUCCAUUAUUUAUGACCUACACCCAAAGGGCCUGGUGCUGAAGUAGACUCAGUUCUCUUGUUGGAAAGCCCGUGAACUGGAAGUUCAUACGUAGAGAGCGAGUCCGUAUCUUUGUGGUCAAAUUACAGGCAAAACUAUAUCCGAGAAAAUGUAGCUACAAAGAAAUCCCAUCUGGUCACACUCAUCCGUAUGGCUUUUCCAUGCUUUAGAGAGAGUCCUAGAUUUAUACUUUCUUCUCUUCCAUUCGUCACCUUCCCAUGUGUCUUACGGGUGGCACUUGGAUUCUGUCUUUGAGAAAUGGGCCCCCGAGCUACAGCGGGGCAGAAGCAGCUGUGUCCGGCAACUGUGCUUUCUGUUUCUCUUUUUCAGUCUCUGAACUCUGUAUAAAUAAGGAUUCUCUUGGGCAUAAUUCAUUUGAAUAUGAAACCAACAUGCCGUCUUUUUCUUCUCUUAAAAUAAACCUCAGUGUGAUACAAAGAAAGUCUCAUUUCCACCAUCAGCGGUGAGGCUCAGAGGCAGCUGCCGUGCGGCUGAUGAGUGUGCUGGGUACCUUCCUGUUUCUGUUCAAAACGACUGCUUCGUUUAUACAUUCAGCAACGUUUUCUUUUUCAACUAUAAAACUUAGUAAUCUCUCUCUUUUUUUUUUAAGCCACUUCAGGCAAAAGGAAUUCACUUGUCAUUUGAUGUGUCCAUGUGUGGUGUUUCGUGCUUUCAUUUUUUUUUUAUAUUAUGCCAUUCUGUAACAUUCCUAACUUCAAAUCUAAAACAAAAAAAAAGAGGCGCCUGUUCAAAUUUGCACAUGUCAUGUGACCUAAUAAUUGUUUUCAGGAGUCAAGUCUGGGGGGGGGAAUAAAUAAAAGUGUUCACAGGUAAGCAGCGUAACAUUGCAUGAAGGGUGAAGCCAACACAUGUUCAGCACGUACAGACAGCACGACCCUAAGUUAAUCAACAGUAGAGACUGUGCAUAUUUGAAUCCAAUUUAGGACUACGAUCUUUUUUUUUUUUUUAAGUAUUCGAGCCUUUAUUCAGAUGUUUCCAUUUUCCCUUUUGACCAUAAUUUGCCAAGAUUUAGCCUAAGUGGCAGGAAACAAACUAAAGCCACGAUCCAAGCGGGGUGAACGCCGUCCCACCCAGACUCCAGUUACAUCGCCGUGGAGGAGGCGUAUUCUUUUCAUAGCAAGGUGUUGUUGUCAGGGAGGAAAUCUGCAGAGUGACGGGGACCUCCUCGGGGCAUGGCCGCGUCUUCUGAAGAUGUCAUCAGCCCUCGGUGGACUAAAGACGAUGCUCGCGGGGUUGGCGGCUCUUGGUCCUUUAACGCAGGCUCGUCUGGAAUUUUGCAAGUAACGUGAUCGUCUGAAAAAAAAAAAUCUGCCAGACUCCAGUUUGGUCAGAGUUCAGUUUUUUCCCUGGUAGAUUUCAACCAUUCAGACAUUGUCCCCAGGCUUCCUUUGAAUCAAUUCUGUGACCUUAACAGAUCUGCUGCGUUUGACAGCGUGUUAGACUCCUUGGCACCCCUCCUAAUGAAAAGCGUGGUCUUAAAAGCGUUCAUAUUAGGGAAGGAAAGCCAAGAGCAGGGGAAGGCUGGAUGGAGCAGGCAGCUCACUGUACCUACAGAAUACAUCAACCCCUUGCAAAUCUGCUUUGCAAUCAUUUUCAAUCCAUGAAUUACAAAAUAAAAGGACUUUGUUGUUUCUUUCUUUUUUUUAAUUUAUUGGAAUAAUUGGUGUGUGUAUUAUAUAUACCUGUGAAUCUUUCCCAGUGGCCUAAAAUUCCCAUUAAUGAAAGGAGAGAUUUGAUUUAAACAGGACCUUUGCUGUCUUCUCUGUGUUUAAGGAAGAUUCCACGGACUGUCCAGACAGAGAUUAUAAUCUUAGGAGGAGACUGAAAGUACACUUGACAAUUCAGUCCCAUUCUUAAUGUGAGUGCAUGAACCACUGCAAGAUGAGCUGCUAAGCAGAGAGAAAUUCUUCAGUGGGCUUCAGUGAUAAAGAUUUUUAUAUGAUCUAAAGUCAAAUGAAAGGAGAAUCUUUAUGUAUGUAUACAGCAGCAUUCAGCACAUCUGAGGAAUCACAUCUCGUAAUGAAGUUUAAACACGUCAUGGAGCCUUGAUCUGUACUGUCUUGUCUGCAGUACGGAGUAAAGAUGAGAUUUUGCUUCUCAUGUUAUUGUGACCGACGUGCUUCCAAAUUCUGAGCUCGCAGCCACUGACAGCCCCCCACUCCAGCCUGAGGGACCGAUGGAAAUUAAACAGGCUCAUGGAUUCUGUACACAGAACCCUCCCAGUGGCAGCGUAAUCGUGGGGUUUCAUUCAUAAAGCGAUUGAUUUUGCAAAUGACGUCUACUGUGGCCUCAGAAGACAGCUGAGUCUAACUCAAAUUUAACACUUCUUCCCAAAUAACCUUAACUAUGAAAUUGGUCCCUUAACCCAAGUGCUCUUGGUCGUGGCUGUCCUUCAUGGAGGACGUUGAGUUCAGGAAAGUAUAAAAGUGAAAUACAGAGAUCCCUGAGUGGCCCGAACGAUCUUUUAUGAUGGAAGGCAGGGGAGCUCGCCCCGACUGGUGAUCUCUUUUACCUUUGGUUUUAUACCCCAAUACAUAUGCUCACUGUCACAUGGGGAAAAAAAAAGUUGGAUGGCGUCUCAAUAUUUCUUUCUUUGUAUUUCUGGGAGGGAAAAUAAUGCUUUCAGGAAGGUUUCUUCCAUUCAGAAGCUCUAAUGCUGAGACAGGGGUCAGAUCAAGCUUGGGGGCCACAGGAAGAAUCACGGGGCCACUGGGUCACAGUUCUCUUCCACUUCAUCCCCUAUAGUCAGUGACCGCUCUGCUGACCGAGUCAUGCAGGAACGCCCGUCGCCCCCAGUUUUGAAGGGCCAAUCACCUCCUGUGUGGACUUGUUUUGUCUUCUCUUUUCAGCUAUUAGGACCUGGGCUCUACUUCCUUUUAUUAGCAUCUCACCCGGAGGAUGGAAAAAGAAACAUUCGGAAAUAAAAUUCAAAUCUGUCUGUUUUGUUUCCUGUUAAGGACUGAUUUAUUGAAGCAGUCUGAAAUCACUGGUAAAAUUAAUGUCAGAGCAUUCCUUACCGUGGGGUUUUAAUAUCCAUAAUGUCCCUUUCCCAUCUGCCACAAACAAUUGAGAGUUGGCUGUAUUCUUGCAUAAAUAAAAGGAAAGAAAAAAAAAUGUAGGAAAGGAUUUGGCUUCC